GCACUUGCAUAAAUACCCUUAACUGGAUUACAUUAUCUCAGCCAUGAAACAAUCAAUUUUCCCCAACGAAACAAGUAACCGAAACAUAUAUGGAAGGAAAGAGCAGCAGCAGUACGCGGGGCGGCCUAUCUUCAAGCUAUAGAGGAGUUCGCAAGAGAAAAUGGGGCAAAUGGGUGUCAGAAAUUCGUGAGCCUGGAAAAAAGACCAGAAUCUGGUUAGGGAGCUUUGAGACAGCUGAAAUGGCAGCCGCAGCUUAUGAUGUAGCAGCAUUACAUUUCAGGGGUCGGGAGGCACGUCUUAACAUCCCUGAGCUGGUCCAUUGUAUUCCCAAGCCAGCCAGUUCCAGUGCUGAUGAUAUCCGAAUGGCAGCUCACGAGGCAGCCUUGCGGGUCAGGACUAAUGCCGCAGGGUCUGAGGCUGGCAGCUCCAGCACCAUCGCCGGUCCUGUCACGGUCAGGCUGUCUCAGAGCCAAAUUCAGGCCAUCAAUGAGUCCCCUCUGGACUCUCCCAAGAUGUGGAUGCAAAUGUCGGAGGCAUUGAUGAUGGAUGAGUCACUGACAAUGACGUUUUGCAAUGAACAUGAGGAGAAUGAGCGGGAAGAUAUGCAAAGUUAUUCUCUUUGGGAUACUUAGGUAAUGCGUGUUUACUAGUUACGUUGUACUAAUAGAAAAUAUAGUCAUAUGAGGAAGGUUACAGCAAUAACUAAAGAAGAACCAUUUUUUCUUUCUUGUGAGACACCAAGGUAGACAUUUACUACAUUUUACAAGAUUGGUUCAAUCUAUAUGAAUAAAUAAGCAAUCCCAAUUUGAAAAAUAUGAGUGGUGUUUUAUUAUUAGUCCAUAAAUAUUGAAUUAAAACUUGAAAUUUGA